UAUAGUGAGAAUGGAAUAGCCAUUCCACAAGUCCAAAAGAGGAAUGGUCAUUCCACCUAAAAGUUGGAAUGAGCAUUCCAGAGAAUAGUCAUUCCACUUUUAAAGUGGCACAUCAAACAAGAGAAAGGAAUGAGAAAGUAGAAGGUCAUUCCAUUCCACUCCAUUCUAAUACACCAAAUUAGGCCUAAAAUUCCUUUUAACAAACUUUAAGGGUGGUACUGUAUUUUAUCAAAAAAAAAAAAAAUUAGACAAUCAGAAAUGUCGUAUCAUAACAAAAUUAUUUCGUGAUGAGAUGGUGCAAAGUUUUAUCUUCCUUUUCAACCAAGAUUUUAUAACAAAUAAAAAUUCCAUUUCAUUUCCUUACCUUUCCUUUCCUUUCGAUCAAACUGCGCCACUUCAAAACCUAACUUUAUAUUCGGACAUCGGCAAUCCACAGUUCCACUCCAUAUAUCUAUUACAAUCUAUAUAUAGGAUGGAAUUCAAGUUUCGAGCCAUCGAUGAGCAAGCGUCCACGUACCUCCAUUAUUCUUCAACCAUGAGCUACUUCACAGAGCAAGCACUCCGAGCUGGUUACCGGAGCAAUGAUUUUGGACGCGCCAACGACUUCUUUCGAAACCCUAGCAAUUAUGGUGAAGCGAUGAUUCUGAGGGAGAUUGAAAGAGAACGAAUCAGAGAAGAAAUUAUGGCAGCGGAGAUGGGUCGGAAGCGUUUAUUAGUAGAAGCAGAGGUGAGAAGGGAAAGAGAGAUGAUGGCAUUGCGAAGAGUGGAUGGGUUACCAUUGGCUUCUUCGUCAGUGUGGUUUGAGCCGAGAAUUUCGAUUUUGAAUCCAUUUGAAGGUCGUAGAUUACUUGAAGAAAGAUUGGCAUUGUCGUUUGAGGAAACAUCGAGCUAUUCAAAUCGCCGCCGAAAGAUUGGAGGACUCGAGACUUCUGAGACCAUGCCCUUUGAACGGUUCGUUUUCUCUCUGUCAGAACCAACAAAGUGUGAAAACUAGAUGAUCAGUUUGUGUAAAGACUUAAUCUUGUGUUAGGAUCAAGAACAAAGGUUAUGAAACCCUAAAAAAAACACAUCUUGAGAGGCCGAAAUGAGUGGAUGGUGUGUUUUCAUUCUCUCUCUAUGAAUGAAAUGAAAUGACCCAAUUUUCACUGAGGGGAGCAGAGUGUGAAAGUGAUAAUAUCUAAGCCACAUAUCGGAAACUCAGGUUGUUUCCCUCAAAGAUUGUUAAAUUUCACACAAAAAUGAAAUAAAAUGACCCAAGUUACAUAGAGGGGAGUGAGUGCCAAAGUGACAAAAUCUAAAUCACAUAGAUCGGCAUGCGGUCACGAAUCCGAAAGAAUUAUGUGAUUUAGAAAACGUGAUCUUUUAGAAGAAUUAUGUGAUUUAGGAAAGAUAACUGAAGCUUAUUUCCCUCCAAGGAUUGUUGAAUUUCACACAAAUCUGUGACGAAGCUAACGGUCCGUCAAAGUUUGUGAUGUAUUUGAAUACCUAGGGGAAGCUUGUGGGAUACAACUUUACGGAGUUUUUUGAAUACUUGCGGAAAGCUUGUGUGUGGGAAUCGUGGGAUAUAGCUUUACUUCAGGGAAGUUUGUGAUAUUUACCCAUAUAUAUAUAGAGAGAGAGAUGGUGUAGUAGAUUUUAAGAUAUGAGAUCCACAUGACAUGAAGUAGCAGUGGCAGAGUAAGUUUACAUGGAGCACAUUUAUCUAUUCUCAUAUCUUUAACAAUGUGUUAUGAAUUUAGAGAAAAAAAUGUGUGGCAUGAAGAGAAAGGCAUAGAAGAUGAGAAAUGUGAUUGUCAUGGGAACUUCAAUUUUAAAGCUGCUUGGAAUAAAUGCAGGAAAAAGCAAACAGAGUCAAUUGGCAUAAUCUUGUUUGAUAAUUCUGUAGGCCUAGAACUUCUCUUAUAGCUUGCUUUAUUAUGCAUGAUAUCUUACCCUCUCUUCAUAAUUUAAAGAGAAGAGGUAUCUAUACUUUAGCCAUUUGUCAUUUGUGUAGAAGAGAUGAAGAUUCUACUGGACAUAUUUUCUAGAGGUGUCCUUUUGCUCAAGAGCUUUGGUUCUGGUUUAUUGAUUGUUGCAAUUGGGAGAACUUUGAAGAUUUAAGUUCAUUUCAGGAAUUGGUAGAUUGGUUUUUGCUUAUUCCUCUUCUUCUCAGUUGAGGGACU